CCGUCUUAUCCCCCCUGCUACAUCACUCUUCCUUCUCCCCAGACUUCAACGUCUGUCUACCAUUCAAGAUUGCAACAACUGCACUGCUACGCGACCACAUUUGCUUCAUUACAACUCUCCCCCCUCCCUUCCGGCCAGUCCGAACUCUGGAAUCUGCUUGCAUCAACAUCUCAUCUUGCACACAUAAACCGCCCCCCCCUUUGGUCCACACUGUCCGCCGAACGCCUCGCCAGCUGUGUUUCGCCGCUUUGGUCGUGCCCAUCUGUCCCCUCGCUCUACCAUUGCACGCGUUUUAGAGCCCCCGCUACCCGUUUCGAGCAGUCGGUCGCAUCAGACUCCCCGUGGAAUCGCAAUUUCCCACCUGCUUUCGCUCCACCCAGCAAGCCAGCAAGCAAGCCACCUGUGGUGACAAGGCCGUCGUGCAGCUGCCUUCUGCUGCUGAGCUGACUGCCUACCCGCCUGCCUGUCUACUGCGCCAUCUCCUCUGCAUACACUGACCAGAGCCUCAUCGUCCGUCCGCAGCGUAGCGCUGCUGCUGCUGUCAGGCACUCGCUGCACAACGUAGCGCCCAACGGGUGAGAUCGUCAUCACCAUCAUCAUCGUCGGCGGCGGAGGCGGCUUAGGCGUGCUUCCUUCCUUCCUUCCUUUCCUUUCCUUUGCCCUACCCCCAAUGCCUUCCUUGCUACCUUGCCACUGACCACCCUGCACCCCGGCCCUGGCUCUGUUUUCUCUCUUGGAUUGCUACCAAGUCUGUCCACCGCCGUAGCUACCUGGUCUACCACUCUGUCGGGCUCCCCCAUCGCCCACGCACCACCCCCAAAGAGUCUACCCUUCCCUCCACUGCUCUUCUUCCUUGCAUACUCUUCUCUGACCAUCCCGCCGGUUCAUCAAUCGUCGUCUUCCCCGUCUUCAUCACCAUCGUCAUUUCCAGCAGUCUUCCCACUGCAACCAUUCUCCCGGCAUUCCACACUUCAUAUCUACUCUCCUUUUUUUCUUUCUUCUUCUUCCCCUUACCCUGCCCCGCACGCCCUGCUGCAUACCUCCUUCGUACUCACUUCGCAGUCAUAGCUCCUCUAUAGCUCCAUAUUUUCUUUUCCAUUCCCGUCUCAAACGUCCCUCCCUCACGCUCGCCUAGCCUCGUCCACAUUGGCCAGCCCAGGCCCAUGUCUCUUUCUCUUUGUCUGCCAGGUCAGUCCUCUCCCCAAUAUCGUGACAAAAUGCGGGUCGCCAAUGUGCGACACCUUUAUGCCAAUCUAACUCACACGCAUUUCAGCACCUGCCAGCGGCUCUCAAACUCUGAAUCACGCUUGUUUGCUGCCAGUCUCGCGCACCCAUCUCCCGCUUUCGUCCUUAGGGGGCCACCCUGUCUGAGCUGCCUUGGGACAAAUUCUUGGUCUGGUCGCGUAGCAGACAGACAUUCAAAGCUCUGUGUCGAUCCCGCAUGAAUCGUUAUUUGAACACAUUUAUUGCCCAUCUAUCGAGAGGCUUCUCUUGUCACAAGACGCACCGAAACACCACCAACACAGUCUCUUCCAUCCCUUUCCUCCUCCAACUUAGCUUCUAGUAUACGUUUGUUGCAACACUCAAACUCGUCAACCUACAGCUGCUUAUUACCCACAUCUAUUCGAAACAACCUGUACUUCUGAUCGAGACACCUCUCCGUCUUCUCGUUUCUUCUUUCCACUUGUUGAUAUCCAAAAGGUCUCUGUGGCACCACAGGUUCCAUCUGCUUAUGCACAUACAUACACUGGCGACUUGAAAAUACCGUCAAGCUGGCCUGUACUGUACAGUUAAGCUAUCAGCCUGAUAGCGAGCGCGCGCCCUUUUCUCUAGGCGUCGGCGAAAGUGUGGAGGACGCUGAACAGCUGUUCGCAAAGUACGGUCAAAGUUUCCGAAACGACCCGCUGAUUGUGCAGCCUGUGACAGCCAGCAAUCUGUCGUCCAUGUCUGGGUACGACAAGAGCCAAGAGCCCUAUUCAUACGACGCCGAGACCACAAGACCGAAUCAGGUUGCGACGUAUGCAGGCAUUACACAGCCUUCAUUCGCCUCGCAAUACACCGACGCGCAUACGCGUUCGUCGCAUGAACUCGCGACCCAAGGGCUGCCCUUGGUCCCCAGUUCGCCGUUCUCGUCACGCGGCGCGGGAGCCUACCAAGCAGAACCCUCAUUUAUUGAUGCAAGAUCUCGUCAUCCCGCUGCACCUCCCAUCACUGAAUCGGAAAUAACAAAAUACGUUACGCCGUCCCAAGGUACCGCUGGCUCUACUGUUCUACUCCACAUCCGAUCAAAGGAAAACCUAACCAUUCCCUAUCAACAACCAUCCUUCUCCCUCAUGUUCGGGACCAAGAAGUGCCCCACCGCACUUCAGAAGAUGGAUCCCGAUGACGAGUUCUACAACUAUGCCCUCAGCGUCGAAGUUCCUCCGUUUCCUCUCACCAACUCCUGGGAUCCGACCAUGAUGCUCAAGCUGCAAAUGGAGGACAAGAACGGGAGGCUGUUCAACGAAAUCGACGCAGGCAGAUUCACCUUCACAGACAUGUCUCCUGGCCUAACGUACCACCCUUCUCCGGAGCUCGUCAAGAAACGCAAAUUCUCGAGCGACUUUUCCGACGGCCAGGAAUACUCGGAGAACGCGACAAAAAGAAACAACUCGAUUCGAUUCCAAGCGAAGCCGCGGUCCGUAUCCAAUGCGUACUCGACCUCGUCCAUGUCCCCACUUCCCACGCAAUCAUCUCUUACCAACACUUACGGCUAUGGCGGCGGGUACGACUAUUCCAAGCCAGGAAGCUACACUCCGCCAAUGUCGGCAAAGGGCUUGUAUGCCUUGCCCUCUAACACGAAUCUGGGACAGGCAGACAUGAAACCUCCACAGAUUUCUCCAAGUCUCCCAUCGUACGGCAGCUACAGCUCCAUGUCCCAUACUGGAAAGAAUAGUAGUAUAUCUAAGCCGGCCGUGCUACCAUCGUCUUCCUCGCUACUGCCAACGCCUGUUCUGGUGCGCGCAACAACAGUCUCUCAAGCGAGCAGUGCUCCUGCGGGCCAGCCUUUCAACCCGUACCUGAUGUACCCGACAAAAGCAGCGCUCAAAAUCGAAGGUGAUCUGGAUACGAUGACGGAGAACUGGACGCGGGAAGAGCAGGAGACGAGGCGGCGUCUGGUGGAGUUUAAGAGGUCGCAGCACGGCAGCACCAUCAGCACCAAGUUUGCUCCCAUAACACUCGAGGCGCGACCGCCGCGCAGCAUCUGCAUCAGCUGCAUUUGGUGGCAGGAGAAGAACGAGUACUUCAUUACCAGCGUGGACACCAUCUACCUGCUGGAACAGCUGGUCAAUGUGCGGUUUACUGUGGAGGAGAAGAAUCGCAUCCGGCGCAACCUCGAAGGGUUCCGGCCACUGACGGUAUCCAAAGCCAAGGAGGACAGCACCGAGUUCUUCAAAGUCAUCAUGGGCUUCCCGAAUCCGAAACCGCGCAACAUCGAGAAGGACGUCAAGGUGUUCCCUUGGAAGAUACUUUCUCACGCACUCAAGAAGAUUAUCAGCAAAUAUACGGCCAACUACUCGUCCACGGCGGCAGCUGGCUCGUUGCCUGCUGGCUCGCAUUCCAGCUACGUGCCGGUGGGGGUAUCGCAGAGCGCAGGGGAUGGGCAUCGCAACACUUCGCCGCGAUCGACAGCGAGCUCGACAGCUUCGACGGCGUACACACCCAUUCUCUCGUCGACCAGCCUAUCCCCAAACCUCAAGGCAUCAGCAGGACUCGGCGGAGGAUCAUCUGGACACGGCUUGGCGGGGAUGACUCCCUGGCGAGGCGGUACACAUGGCCAAGUAGCGCAAUACACACCAGGGCAUGGCCAGACGGGACGCGAAUCGUGGGACUACGGCUACAUGAACGCCUCUGCCGCCCCGGGAGUGCCUGGGGCGGCGCACUCGAUGCAACAGAUGCAACGCUCCAACGUCACAGCCGACCAAAGCCAAGUGCUCGCCGACAACCCGUACCAGGCCUACGGCCAGCAUACCACGCGCAUCUGAUGGUGGAGCAGCAAGUAUCAUCGCCUUUG